AUGAAUUUCAAUGUGACCAGGUGGCUUAAAACCUGUAUUUUCCUGUACUGUUGAUUUACAGACGUACGUGCCACUUUAUCAGACAGACGGGGCAGCCAUUUGGCUUUUUGUCUCUGGAAUAAUCUUAUUUGAUUCAAUCCAGGCGGGUUAUGUUAUCUUUAUAAGUUACAGAGACAUAUCAAAAUUUGACUAUGGCAGUCCACUACAAGAGCUGAUUUUAAGUUUUGCGGGCUAUCAUGGUUUCCCGAUCAAGCAUAGAGGAAGCCAAUAAGCACCUACACGCUCUGCAUUCCAGAGUACAGCAGUUGGAACAAACCAUCAGCAAACAAAAUGAAACAAUAACUGUCAAAGACGAAGAGAUGGCUUAUAAAUUACAUGAAAUGAGUGAACUGAAAGAAGCUGAGAUUACUGAACUUACCGCAAAACUAAUAACGGCAAAAGAAAAAGUGAAGUCAGUGGAGAACAUGUUGAGGGAAAAGGAUCAACAAAUUCACAAGUUACAGGAGCGCUGUCGUAUACUGGAUCGUGUGAUGGGGUAUCAGCCUGUGCUGGAAAAUUUGUUAACGACAUUAGCAUCAGGCGGGUCUUUGUCUGAUUCAGGCAUAUCUGCAUCAGAGACACCGAUGGAUGACCACACUCAUCAUGUUAAGUCACAUGGCUAUAAAGGUAGUGCUAUUCGACGCAUGGCCAAGAAUUUUAACAGUCACGCAGGCAGGAAAAAGCAGUUCUCAAUUUCCGAGGAUGAUGAUGAAGACCAGAAUGCUGAUACAGAGGGUGAUUCCUCUGAUGACAAAACCACUGAAAGAGAACUCUACCUUUAGAGUAGAAUACACCAGUUCAUAAGACUUCCCCAUUACUCAGUACAUGUUAGCUUCAAAAUGUGAGGAAAAAAAAAAAACGAAGAAAAGAGCACCGCUUUGUGUUUUUAUUGAAGCCUUUACAAAACACGCUACUGGGGAUAAAUAAAAAACCAUUAUUAUAUUACAGGGGUGAAUAGGCUGACAGAGUAGUUGCAUGUAUGUCUUACAGUACAUAUCACUUCCCUGCAGUUAGCCUAAAAUCCGGUAGUGUUUAUAUUCUUUGCUUUGAUGUGAACCUUGAGGCAGCAGUUUGUAUUGUGUUAAACUUGGUGUUGUGCACAGUUGUAAAUGAUAAUGGGAUAUGUGCAACGUUUGAUAGACAGCAUUCAUAACACAUGUGGACUGGAUAAUACAUGUAUAUGCCUAUAUUUCUUAUUUAUUGAGCUUAGUGUUAUCUUAUGUGGAAUUGUAUUGUAUUGGAAGAGAGUGAUUUACUGAGAAACUGAAAAAAAAAAUUAGGCCUAAUAGAAUGUACAAUU